UAAUAAUAAUCUGGGCCUGAGCUAGCGUUAACGGGAUUUGAGUCACAGCUACCGGGGUACGUUUUAUUGGAAUAGGCGCUGUUUAAUCCUAAAGAGUAAGGUUACAGCUAAGUCAGGGCGAGAUUGACUCAGCUGUCACAGCCAGCAAUUUUAAUUUUAAGUGGAACCUUACCCAGUGCUGACAAUUCUGAGCUGGCUUGGCCGGUGCCACAGUUUAGGAACAGUGGGUCAGUGUAGAUAAUACUGAGCUUGGCCAUCCAGCCUAGCCAGCUUCUACGUUGUGGCCGUCCCCGUCCCCUAUAUUUUAUUCGUUUACUUUAGUCUCAGUGUAUUGUGAAUUAAGUUUGCAAUGGAUAAAUUUGUAACCAAAAAGGCACGCUUGGAAGUUGAUGAUACUGUAAGUCAACCUCCGACAAUAAUUGUGUCGUCAAUUGCUGCGUUGUCUUCAUCCGAGAACCGUUCACAGCCGAAACCUGGACAAUCCGGUAAGGGAAGAUCAUUUCAGAAGUCUUGGUUGAUCAAAUAUACAUGGCUAGAAUAUGAAGAAUGUACCAAAAAAGUUUUUUGCAAAACCUGCAAAGAGGCAGAUGCUAAAAAUCUAUUACAAUUUUCUUCAAAAAAAGAAGAUGCAUUUAUUUCCAUAGGGUUUUCUAACUGGAAAAAGGCUUUGGAAAAAUUCCGUCUUCAUGAAAAUACGUUUACGCAUAAAGAAGGUGUUCUGAAACUAAAUUCCAUCACUAACCGAAGUGUGGCCUCCCAAUUGAAUGAACAGUUACAUAGUGAUAUGAAGAAAGGCCGUUUAGCUCUUGAGACAAUUUUUACUACCGUGCUAUUUUUAUGCCGACAAGGACUAGCAAUUAGAGGGCACGAAGAUGUAAACUCAAAUUUUUUUCAAUUGUUGGAACUCCGAAAGAAUGACGUACCUGAGUUAAAAGAUUGGUUUGGGCGUUCUGGGUAUAAGUGGACGUCCCACGAUAUUCAAAACGAGAUCAUUGAUCUACUAGGAAAGUCUGUGUUGAGAAAAGUAUUGGCUUCAAUCAAGAAGACUGAACAUUUUUCUAUUAUUGUUGACGAAACAAGUGAUUCUUCGCUUCACGAACAGGUGUCAUUUUGUAUUCGUACUGUCGAUGAUGAUUCCUUAAUUAUCAACGAAGACUUUAUUGGCUUAUACGAGACCCCCAACACUGAAUCACAAACUCUGUUUAGUAUUUUAAAAGACGUAUUUGCUCGUUUUGAUUUGUCAAUGGAUAACUUAAGAGGACAGUGCUAUGAUGGUGCCUCGAAUAUGAGAGGCAAGUUCAAAGGACUUAAAAAGUUAGUUUUGGAUAUACAACCAAAAGCACGUUAUGUGCACUGCACUGCUCACAGUUUAAACUUGGCAGUUGUAGACAGUCUCCGCCAUCUUACGUCUAUGAGGGAUAUUAUGGCCUUAGCCAAGGACUUAAUAAACACCGUAAGGGAAUCCAACAAAAGGAUGGAACUUUUCAGAAGCAUACGCUGUGAUAGGGCCAACGGCCAAGCUGGUCUACGACCCCUUUGCCCGACUCGAUGGACUAUGCGAGCUUCUAGUAUCUUGAGAGUAUUGAAAAACUUUGAAGAACUUCUAGAGUUUUUUGAAACAUUUUCUGCAGAGGACAAAACAGAGGCAGGUUAUAAAUGUGCAGGCUACCUUGAGUCAAUGUUACAAUUCAAAACUUAUUUCUUUUUACGUCUUUAUUGCCAUGCAAUGAACCCAGUAGAGGAUGUCAAUGAAAAAAUUCAAUGCCCUCAUCUAAGUGUUUCUGAUCUGGAAAAAAUAUAUGAGGGCUUGAUUUGUAUAUUGAAUGGAAGGCGUGAUAGUUUUGAAGACUUUUGGGAAUUGUGUUUAAAAGAAAAACCUUCACAAGUUGAUGAUCCUUCGCUUCCUCGGAAUCGACGUAUACCAAAGAAGUAUGAAAACAACGAAGCCAGCUCACCGCACACUUUCAAAACCCCAAAGGAAUACUACAAAGCUAUUUACAUUGAAGUUUGUGAAACGGUGCAAUCUUGCAUUACUGAGCGGUUUGCAUCGACUGGAUUCACACAGGUCAUUGCAGUUGAACAAGAGUGCUUGCUUUUAGUAAACAGAGGUGAAACAAAUUUUGAAAAAUCAACUGAGUUUUUCAAAAAUGACCUGGACAUUGAGAGACUGCGCUUACACUUGAAUAUGUUAGCCGAUAUCGCUAAUAAAAAACAACUGGUCUUAAAAAACAUGCGUGAUGUGAGAAAGUACAUUACACAAGAGCCUGCAAUUGGAGAAAUGUUAUGUGAAGUAGUGAAGUGCAUUAAGCUUCUCCAAGUAGUUCCAAUCACGACAGCAACAGCAGAACGGUCAUUUAGCGCCCUUAGACGUCUGAAGUCAUAUCUCCGAUCAACAAUGGGACAGAAGCGAUUGAACAACUUGGCUGUUCUUCAAGCCCAUCGAGAUGUUUUGGAUGAAUUGGAUAUCCGACCAGUCAUCAACGACUUCAUAUUCAGUAAUCCUGUCAGACGGUCGACAUUUGCACCUUUCUAAAGACACUCUAGACACUUGGUUCUAAAGACCCAAUUAAAGCCCGUUAUUUACAUACAGUAUUACAGUAUUUACAUACAGUAUUACGCAUACUGUAUUAACUUUAUUAACUGUAUUAAAGCAUUAACUUUGAGAUAUUAUUUUUAUUUAAUGAACCCUCAGCCUUAUUCAAAGUAAGCUUAAAUUAGCUAUUUCACUUAUUAAUCAAAGUGCUAUUACUGUGUGACAGCAAUAUUUUAUGUUUUAUUCUUUUAAUGAUAGUUUAGGAUUUAUUUAAAUAUCAUUUCAGUCUUUUCAGAGCUAUAUAUUCACUGCUCUGUAAUAGUCUAUAAGCAUAAUUGUUACUGUAAAUUAAAUUAGCUUUUUACGAAAA